AGAGCUCCCAUUGUUGCAGCCUUCUCCAGCCCACUGAUCCUAAUAUGGAAUGCAGCAGGAAACCCAUGAUUUCCUGACACUCGGCAAGCUGGAGGAAGCAAGGGAAAACUCCAUUAAAAAGCCCGGCUUUCCUCCAUGUUAGAUGUGAAGUGGGAAAUGGGGAAGAUUUAGCAAAAUUCCACUGUGUCUUCAGCCAGGCUUGGAGAACAGGAGACCAGAGUGGAAACCCUCAGGCGGUUGAAAUUUCUAGACGGCCAGGAAGCCACUAGAAUUCGGUGAAAAUGAGGGUUUCUUAGUUCUAACUGAUGGGGAAAGCAGACAGAUGCUUUUAAUCAUUCUCCCCCGUGUGUGUUACCUUUCUUGACCAGUAUGGUGAGGGAGAGGGCAUGUGCCAGACGCCUGGGACACGACCCCAGGUACCCAAAGUAAGACAGAGUGAUCCUCAGCCUGCCGCUGGCUUCAAGGGCUUGAGGGGAAGCAGGAGAAGCCCCGGCAGCAGCAGCCUCGGCAGCUGGAGCGGCGAGAAUGAACUGCCAGGAGGGAAAGGAUAGGAGCUGCGGCUGCGGCCACGAGGAGAAGAAGAUGCUCAAGUGUGUGGUGGUGGGGGAUGGCGCCGUGGGGAAGACCUGUCUGCUGAUGAGCUACGCCAAUGACGCCUUCCCGGAGGAGUACGUGCCCACCGUGUUUGACCACUACGCAGUUACCGUGACAGUGGGAGGCAAGCAGCACUUGCUCGGCCUGUACGACACUGCAGGACAGGAGGACUAUAACCAGCUGAGGCCGCUCUCCUACCCCAACACGGAUGUGUUUUUGAUCUGCUUCUCGGUGGUAAAUCCUGCCUCUUACCACAACGUCCAGGAGGAGUGGGUCCCGGAGCUGAGGGACUGCAUGCCUCACGUGCCUUACGUCCUCAUAGGGACCCAGAUUGAUCUCCGAGAUGACCCCAAAACCUUGGCCCGUUUGCUGUACAUGAAAGAGAAACCUCUCACUUACGAGCAUGGUGUGAAGCUGGCAAAAGCGAUCGGAGCCCAGUGCUACUUGGAAUGCUCGGCCCUGACACAGAAAGGUCUCAAGGCAGUUUUUGAUGAAGCGAUCCUCACCAUUUUCCACCCCAAGAAAAAGAAGAAACGCUGUUCUGAGUGUCACAGCUGCUGUUCCAUUAUCUGAGGCGGCUUGAGACCCACCUCCAGCCCAUCUCAGGGUAAGAAAGGCAGCCAACCUCUGCACCAAAAGCAAAAGAGGGCAUGACCAGAGAGGAAGCCGCGGACACAGGGGACUGUCCUCCACCCUGAGAGCCCUCCCAAGCACAGCACACGACCAGCCACCUGCCACGUCCUCCCCACCAGCCAAAAGAAUCCACGGUGCACACCUACAAGAAUGCCAAACCCAAACUCAGCUGCUGAAUAGGUUGGAAACAAAGGCCACCUUGCAUUUUGCAUCUCCCCCUCCCAGAACAUGAAGCUGAUAGGAAAUCAUCACAGGAAAAAUGAAAGAAAAAAAAAGAAAAAAGAAAAAGAACUUGGUUCCUCCUCUACUGGUGGCCUUACUAGAUGUCUUUUUACAAAACAUGGGAAUACAAUGAUAACUUUUUUUUUUCUUCUGAAUCUGCUGUUCUACUAUGUGUCUUACAUUCAUUUGUAUUAUUUUAAGAAUGUCACUAAUUUACCACUUUACUCGGGCCUUGCAAACCCAUACCAAAUUAGCCUAAGACAAAGGGUUUUAUAUUCAUUCCUAUUUUCAGCAUGUUUUCUACCAAAGCUAAUAGGACCAACAUGAACUUCUGAAUGCCUGACUAUAAGAUAGAAGAAAACAUUAAACACUUUUGGAAAUAUA